GACAGGAACCCUCCAGUUCUGGUGUUGUCAAGCUACUUCUUCCAGUUGUGGAAGGAAGACAAGAUGCAAGUGUUGAAUCGAUGGAAUCAAUCCAUCGAUUUCAGCAAAUUGCAUUAUGUCCUAUGCCCAGCAUAUACUGCUUCAGAUUUUCAAAGUGAAAGUGGGCACUGGGGUCUUAUUGUCGUCAAUGUGACGGAACGCUGCAUAACGUGCCGUAGAGACAUUUGUAGCAUUGACGGUUCCUUGAAGUGACACAGGUUGUAUGAUUCGUUGGCAAUUACGCCCAAGCCACACAUGGAUAUGAUUCAGGAAUACAUGGAAGAGGCGGCAAGCUAUCGAUCCAACCAACAAGAUACAUCGCAUCUUACUCCAUGGUCCCAUCUUCUGAAGGCCCCUUGGCAGAUUCCACGACAAACGGACAGCACAUCAUGCGGUGUUUUCAUAUGUGCUAUGGCGGAUUGCAUAGUUACAAAUGAGGAACUGAACUGUUUCGAACAAAGGGUAUUACGCAGUAUAUACGGCAGUCAAUACCCAGAUAAUUAAUAUUGGCACAUAGCAAUACAAUAUGAACGGG